GUAUGAAUCUUCACUAUUUCCAUUCUGUCUUCUAACGCGUUUCAAAAACUGAAACUGAAAACAAUGACUAAUGUGUAGUAAUGUUCUUUGCAUUCAAUUGGCAAAAUUGGAAAAUGCCUUGGCAGGUCCCUCGUCUCCUUGUGUUGUGCAAGAAACCCCAGCAAAACUUGCCUUAUCAUGUAACUGUCAUCACACCUCCACCUCGCUCUCUUGGAGUCCAUGCAUUUCCUCCUAACAUUCAAUGCGGCGAGACUGUGCAUGUGGAGGAGGAGCCCUAUAUUGUUUCAGCGGUGACAUAUCGCUACCAGCUGCGAAGGGGUCAGUAUGAACAAAAGCAGAAGCUCCUCGAAGUGCAAACAACUUCUCGGUACAUUGUGAAUUUAUUUCUGGAGCAAGUGCUGCAGAACUCGUAAAGCGAGGAAGGCUCCCGCUGGCAGGCAGACAGCCAUCCCACCUACCAACCACAAACUUAAAUGAACGAUGAGUCGCUUAGAUCAGCCUGACAGCCUACCAAGCACGAACUUCAACCGGCAUGCCCUUACUUAGACCAGAUGGACGUGUUAACGAUUAUGCACCCCUACCGUCUUCACCGGAAUAGAACACUCGGUCAUUAUAGCUGGCAUCUGGCCUGAAAGUUUGCCCUAAAUACAGCGAAAAUGCCCGGGCGUUCUUCGGGUGAAGACUUUAGAGUGACCGUAAUAAAGGUCCCGCCUCUCCAUCAGUGAAGGUUUGUGCAGAGCCUGCUGACUUCUAGGAGGCUGGCAUAUGCCCCACUCAGGCAUUGGCUCUGUCAGCGCCUGGUUGUUUUUUAUUUUCGGGAAGGGGGGAAAGCAGAAAAAGAACGGAGGAGAAGAAAGCACGUCAGUCAGUCAGCCAUUUAAAACUGGCACUUGUCAGUCUGUCUGACAUCUGCCUGUCAUCUAUCUGCCCAUCUGUCACUCUGUCACUGUCUUACUUCUGUCAGUGUUUCUGACAUCUGACAGUCUUUCUGACGUCUGUCAGUCUUCUUGGCAUCUGUCACCCUAUCUUGCAUCUGUCAGUUGCACAGCUGGUUUGGCUGCGAGUCAGUCCAUCAGAAUGCCUGCCAUUUUGAGGCCCAGCUCUUCAGUGAACUUACCGAGUAUCCAUAAUGCUCCACGUAUGGUAGGCAGCCUCUCCAUCAGCUCAUCGAUGACCAUCCUAUCGGUUUGUCAGUCAGUCUUAUGAAGCACUCUGUCAUCCUGUCAGUCUGUCAGACUGUCGGUCAGCCUGUCAGUCUGUCAGACAAAGUCAGCAUGUCACGCUGUGAAGCUUCCAGGCAGUCUGUCAGACUAAGUCAGCCUGUCAGUUUCUCAGACUAAGUCAGUCUGUCACUCUGUCAGGCUGCCAGUCAGUCUGUUACUCUGUCAGGCUGCCAGUCAGUCUGUCACUCUGUCAGACUGCAGGUCAGUCUGUCAGACUAAGUCAGCAUGUCAGUUUCUCAGACUAAGUCAGCAUGUCACUCUGUCAGGCUGUCAGUCAGUCUGUCAGACUAAGUCAGCCUGUCACUCUGUCAGGCUGCCAGUCAGUAUGUCAGACUAGGUCAGCCUGUCACUCUGUCAGGCUGCCAGUCUGUAUGUCAGACUAAGGUAGCCUGUCACUCUGUCAGGUUCCAGUCAGUCUGUCAGUCUGUCACUCUGUCAGACUAAGCCAGCCUGUCAGUACUCAGACACUAAGUCGGCAUGUCACUCUGACAGACUGGCAGUCAGUCUGUCAGACUAAGUCAGCCUGUCAGUCACUCAGACGAAAUCAGCAUGUCACUCUGUCAGACUGGCAGUCAGUCUGUCAGACUAAGUCAGCAUGUCAGUCACUCGGACUAAGUCAGCAUGUCACUCUGUCAGGCUGCCAGUCAGUCUGUCACUCUGUCAGGCUGCCGGUCAGUCUGUCACUCUGUCAGGAUGCCAGUCAGUCUGCCACUCUGUCAGGCUGCCAGUCAGUCUGUCACUCUGUCAGACUGCAGUGAGCCUGUCAGUCAUUUAUAUCAAAUGGUCUAUCUGCUUGUCAGUCAGUUUAUCAAGCAGUCUGUCAGUGUGUGCGUCGGUCAAUUUGCCUCUCUGACCGCCAGUCUAGCUGUGUGUCAGUCAUUUCUGUGCACUGGUCUGUCAGUCAGUCUCUAAUUUCCAUACUUUCCACUUGCCGUUAUCCGUGGGACUUGACCCUUGUAUGUCGGUGUCAAAAAACGAUGCCUUUCCACUGAGAAGUCAGCCAUUUACUGACUUGUCUAGACCAGUUGGUAAACGCAUGAGCUGUCGAGUUACAGACCUGAGUUCGAAUCCCGAUGAAGCUAGAUGAAUGAAUGAAAUUCUGGAAU